AUGAAUAAAUAUUAUGCAAAAUUUACACAUAUUUCAAUCAUAUUAAUAUUUGUUUUGUUUAUAAAUAAAUGUGAGGGGGAGUCAACAAAUAAAAAUGAAAAUUUUAUUUCACCAAUACAUUCUUUUAAAUCCCCAUUUCAAAUCGACGACUUAAAUAAUGGAUGGGUUUUAGAUUAUUCAGCAGCUUCCACUAAUAAAUAUUUAGUACUAAUACCCAAUGUAUAUAACCGAAGGGGAUUAUUAUAUAAUAAUACUCCAAUUAAAUCAGACGUGUUUGAUAUUAAUUUUAGUUUUAAUAUAUAUAAAAAAUAUUAUAAAGAGUCUAUUGAUUCAAAUUAUUAUAAAAAUGAAACUGGAAAACAUAUAACAUACAAUGUAAAAAUUGAUGAAAAAGAUAAAACAAAUGGUUUUGCAUUUUGGAUAUUAGAAAAUCAGUUAUCUGUAAAAUCGCCUAGCGAUAGUGAAGAUCAAAUAAUUGUAGAUGAAGAAGAUGUUAUGUUAUAUGGAUAUAAAAAAACAUUUAGUGGUAUAUGUAUAUAUUUUCAAUUAAAGGAUAAUGAUUUAUCUGUAUAUGCUUUAAUAAAUAAUGGAAAUAAAUCUAUAAGCCUUAAUAAUAAUAGUGCAAAAAAUUAUAAUUUAAACUUACUACAAAAUAAUGGUUUAAUUAGUGUAAAAAUAACAUCUCAAAAAAAUGAUAUACGUAUUUAUUUAUUUAAUAUUAAAACAUCUACAUAUAUCCAUAGUUUAACUAUAAAAAAAAAUUUACCUAAAGAAAAUUAUAUUGGAUUUUCAUCUUUUAAUUUUAAUGAAGAUAAGUCAGUUUCUCUUACCCAUGUAAAUAAAUAUUUACCAACAUUUGUAGGCAUAACUGAUUUUCAUGUAUAUACAAAUUAUAUUGUUAAAGAACAUGAACAAGAAAUUAUUUCUGGAAAUGAUAAUCUAGAAAAUUAUAAUAUAAAAGCAAAGAAUGAUGAAGAAAUAAAUUACAAUGAUUUAAAUGGUAAUAAUUUAAUGAACGAAAUUUUAUCAUCUCAAAAUUUAAAUCAAUCCCAAGAAGAAAUGUUAAAAACAAUGUUAAAAAUAAUUCAAGAUUUUAUUUCUUAUCAAGUUAAUAAUGAUAAAAAAGUAUUACAAAAUAUUACAUUUUUAAAAGAAAAUAUUCAGAAUAUGCAAAACGAGAUAAAACAAAUCCAAAAAAAUAUUACUAAUAAAUCGGAUCCAAAAAAUUUUCAAAAAAUUUUUACUUCAGAAUUAAGUGGAUUAAAAAAUUUAUUUCAUUCUCAUGCACAACACCAUAAAAAAAAUAUCGAAGACAUUACAAACCGAUUAACUAGCAAAAUAGACAAUAAUCAAGAAUUAAAAAUAUUAGCACAAAAAGCUCAAAAGUUGGAGCAUAUUAUUAACAAAGGAAAUAAUACUUCCUAUUUUUUCUCAAUAGCAUUUGCCGCUCUUAUCGUUAUAACCCUCAUAAUGAUUUAUAAAAAAAUUAGAGAUGUUGAAAAAAAACAUAUUUUAUAA